AUGUGUGGCAGGACCGGCUUCCAGGGACAGUGUACGCAGGUGCACAUGCAGUUCAUGGACGACAGGAGACACUCCAUCAUCUGCAACAUGAAAGGCCCCAUGUGUGAGGGAUACGUGCUCACCCUUUUGGAGCCAGAACAUGCCGAGAGAACUAUUGUCAAAUGCUGCCAGGACACCCACUUCUGGUCACUCACGUGCCCAAAGGACCCUGCCUCAAGACGGUUUCAGCAUCACGUUGUGACCUUCAACCUUGGCGUGGCAAGACUCGGCUUUCCUGCUGUCCAGAAUGCUGGCUAUUCUCUUGGCUGUAGUCGCUACCUUCUGGAUGGAGAAGUUGUCGACAGCAGUGUGGUGUUUCCAGGAAAGGUUCAGACUCCAGGGGCAUGUAGAAGACUACUUUGUGCUCAACAGUACAGUAUACCCAGGUCUCCUGCUCCUGCUGUAAGUACAGCUUUUUCUGAAGAGGAAAGCCAUGGAGAGGCCAGUUUCUCCCAAACACCAUCCAGUGAAUGGGACGAGACCCGACUGAUCUUUGCUGUCAGACAAGAAAUGAAAAAGAGAGCCAGAGGAGCACCCAAUGCGGCCUGGAGUUGUCCACUUUUGGAAAAGUCCAUGACAAAAAAGCCUAUUAGACCCAGUCACAGUCAUGCCUGUGCAUCUAGAGGCUGCAGGAACCACAGGAAUAGACACGUGAGGAUUCAGAAUCAGCUUCCUUCGAUUCCAGGGGCGAUUAUGCCCCACUUGGGACUGAAUGGUGGUGGUGAUGGUGGUGGUGGCAUUUAUGGGGCUGUUGUUCAGAUAGGAGGUUCCCCUGCGAGGCCUCCCAGCGCCACAGGCCUCUGCAGGAGAAGCCAGGCCCCGUCGGCCUCUUCGGGGGUCUCCCAGAGUCCCCCAGAGCCCAAGCUGGAGGACAGGGUGGCAGACGCAGUCGUCGCUCUGGCUGACCCACCUCUCCAAAGCCGGCCCUGGGGCGCGUCCGGAAGUCCGGGGUGGGGGGGCGCGGUUGCCAUGGCACCGGAGAUGCUCCCCAAGCAUCCUCAUGGGGGGGGGGGGGGGGGGGAGAAAAGGGGACCCAAGGCAGACGCCUCCCUCCACGGCAAUCUGGCAGGGGCGCCCGUUCCUCGGCCCGCCGGUGCUCCCACCCACCUUCCCUCCAAGAGGUUAAUCAAGGUUUGCUCUUCUCCUCCCACCCCCCCCCCCCGCCCACCCCAGCGUUUCCAUACGGCUUGUUCACAGGCCCCUCCUAGGCCGAGGGUGAAUGCUCCCUUACACUGACCGCUGCGAGGGAAUUGUCCGCGAGUGCUGCCCAUUUUCGAAUCAAUGCCUGCCCAGAACAACAGAAAGGGCCUCAGAUGUACUGGUUUCCACAGAACCAUUGUUCGGCUUUUGUGGAGCAGUUUUGAACCUAAUAAAUAAUGUCAAAAGUC